AUGGCGGUCAAUCGCAUCCGUGGAGCCUUUGCUCCCCCGAGGAAGGGAGAGACUUUCGAGUUGCGGGCAGGACUUGUUUCUCAAUAUGCGUACGAGCGCAAGGAAUCCAUCCAGAAGACGAUCAUGGCGAUGACGCUGGGCAAGGACGUGUCAGCCUUAUUCCCUGACGUCUUGAAGAAUAUCGCGACGGGCGAUCUCGACCAGAAGAAGCUGGUUUAUCUAUAUCUGAUGAACUAUGCAAAGUCGCACCCCGAUCUCUGUAUCCUUGCCGUCAACACAUUCGUACAAGACUCCGAAGACCCGAAUCCUCUCAUUAGGGCAUUGGCGAUCCGGACGAUGGGAUGUAUUAGAGUCGACAAGAUGGUAGAUUAUAUGGAAGAGCCGCUACGGAAGACGUUACGAGACGAAUCGCCAUAUGUUCGCAAGACAGCUGCUAUUUGCGUGGCCAAACUUUUCGAUCUGAAUCCGACCAUGUGCAUAGAAAACGGCUUCUUGGAGUCCUUACAGGAACUGAUCGGUGACCCGAAUCCCAUGGUCGUCGCGAACUCGGUUCAGGCUCUGUCUGAGAUAUCCGAAACCGCACCGGAGACCAGAGCGCUUGUGGUAACCCCAGCGACUUUGAAGAAGUUGCUGAUGGCUUUGAACGAGUGUACGGAAUGGGGUCGUGUCACAAUUCUGACUACGUUAGCCGACUAUCCCGCUGUGGAUGUUAAGGAGUCUGAGCACAUUUGUGAGAGGGUAGCACCGCAGUUCCAGCACGUCAACCCCAGUGUCGUUUUGGCAGCUGUCAAGGUUGUCUUUACCCACAUGAAAGCAAUUAACUCGGAAUUGGUGCGGUCUUACCUUAAGAAGAUGGCACCACCCCUGGUCACCCUAGUAGCUUCCGCCCCUGAAGUUCAGUACGUCGCUCUCCGUAACAUCGACCUUCUUCUCCAGGCGAAGCCCGAUAUCCUUAGCAAAGAGCUCCGCGUCUUCUUCUGCAAAUAUAACGAUCCCCCAUACGUUAAACUUCAGAAGCUCGAAAUCAUGGUUCGGAUAGCCAACGACAAGAACUUUGAUCAGUUGCUCGCCGAGUUGAAGGAGUACGCUCUUGAGGUCGACAUGGACUUCGUCAAGCGAGCAGUCAAGGCGAUUGGGCAGGUCGCCAUCAAGAUCGAAAGCGCUAGCCAAAAGUGCGUUAAUGCCCUUUUGGAUCUGAUUGCUACCAAGGUCAAUUACGUUGUGCAAGAGGUCGUUGUGGUUAUUAAGGAUAUUCUCCGAAAAUACCCUGGCUACGAGGGCGUUAUUCCUACACUUUGCCAGCAUAUUGAUGAGCUUGACGAGCCAACAGCAAGAGGAUCCCUGAUCUGGAUCGUCGGAGAGUAUGCGGAAAAGAUCAACAAUGCCGACGAGAUUCUGGAAAGCUUUGUGGACGGUUUCAUGGAAGAGUUCACACAGACGCAACUCCAAAUCCUUACAGCAGUUGUAAAGCUCUUCUUGAAAAAACCUGGCAAUAACCAAGGUCUGGUACAGAAGGUUCUUCAGUCAGCCACAACAGAUAACGACAAUCCGGAUAUUCGUGACAGAGCUUAUGUUUACUGGCGUUUGUUGUCAGGCGACUUGGAUGUCGCCAAGAGCAUCAUCCUCUCACAAAAGCCUGCUAUUUCUACAACGAUGACCAGCCUCCCUCCCGCUCUUUUGGAACAACUACUUGCUGAGCUCUCUACCCUGGCCUCGGUAUACCACAAGCCGCCGGAAUCAUUCGUCGGCAAGGGCCGCUUCGGAGCAGACGAGAUCCAGCGUGCUGCUAUCCGCGAACAACGGCAAGAGGCGGCCGAAAACCCGAUCGCAGCGUCGGUUGCGGCAGCGGCAGCUGCAAACGGCAAUGCUUCAUCGCAAAACAAUAUCGAAAACCUGCUGGACAUUGACUUCGAUGGCGCUGCCCCUGCAUCAGCUGAGCAGAACAGCAACAUCAACACCCCAGACAGAGUUGCCAGUCCUUCAGGUGGCGCCCCCUCAAGUGCCAUGGCGGACAUGAUGGGCUUGUUUGACGCCCCUCCGCCUCAACAGCAGCAGCAGCAGCAGCAGCAGCAAUCGGCUGCGAACCCCAUGAGCCCUGGCGGCGGUAGUGGCAUGAAUGACUUGAUGAACGGCUUCUCCGGGCUUGAUUUUGGAAACACGGGAUCGAGCCAGCCGCUCCCGGCUGCCAUGCAAUUGAACCAGACCCAGGACCCGCAGUCACAACCUAGUGAAGGCAGCGGGAAGAAGACGAACGAGGAUUUGCUGGGUUUGUUCUAG